UCGCCUCGCUUAGGUUCAGUCAAUUUGCAGCAUUCUACGCUAACGAAACUAGAAAUUUUGUACACACAGACGCUUCCUGUUUAUUUCAGUAUUUUAAUAUUUGGCUUUGUUUUGGUGUUUCCACGAGUGAUAGUAAUUAAUUUUUGCUUUGAACUUGAGCGAUUCACACAGUGAUCAUCCGGCGAAAAGUGCGUUGUACUUCUUUAGCCUUGACUGUGUUCCAUUCACUUUAUUCAAUUGCUACCAGGGCCGGAUUUUGUCAAGCGCUGUUUCAGCCAACUCACAUUCGAUAUGUGGAAAUUAUUAUUCCUCUGCAUUGCGGCUGUUUUAGUGAUGAACUCUGAAGCACGCAAUCAUAAGCGAUCUGCAUCUGGAUAUGCUGGUAGUAGUGCUGGUAGCAGUGCUAAUAGCUAUGCAGGCGGCUAUGCAGGCGGCAGCGCCGGCGGCUACGAUGGUGGAUUCGAUGACUACGACUACGGUUAUGCGCCCGACUACAACAACUUCAUAGAUCCAUUUCAGUUCCAUCAGCAGUUAACAGCUCGAAUUUUGGCCAAUAAUGCUGCACAGCAACAUGCUAUUGCUUCGGUAUAUUCCUCUGGCCAAGCUAUGGCAACCGCUGAUGCCUCUCUCCUGCCAAACGACAAUCGAAUUCAACAGCAAAUCGCUCAGCAGCAGGCCUUCUUCCAUAACCUUAACCGUCAAAACCAUUACAAUAGUGCCAACAGAUAUGGCACACCCAAUCGCUAUGGGUCUAAUUCUGCUGUUGCUGCUGCUUCUCUUGGACCGGGCGGAUCAUAUCACACGGCCUCAAUCAGUCCUGAGAACCCGGAUAUACCGAACAUAAGUAAUCGCUUCGGUGGACCCUCGUCGCCAGGUGGUUUUAAGGGCGUUUCAGUCAGUUCGUUUUCGAGUAGCUCUGAUGUUGAUGGUCAAAAGACUAGUCGUCGCGGCGCUCAGACCACAAUCAAUGACAAUGGCAAAAUCACCACAUAUAGGGUGCAUUCUUAAAUACUCUAAAAUACUUAAUUGAAAAUGUAUUUUUUGUUUAAUGUGAAAAAUUCUGCAAGUAUUUGUCUUAUACAUAUCUACAUUUAUUAUUUGUGUAAGUUUAAGUUUCCAAAUUGCUAUUUAUGUUGGACAGUCUCGAAAUACAUUUUAUAUACAAUGUGAGUGAUA